CCCCCUCCUCGCCCCCCCGGCUUCCCACCACGGCCGCUCUCGGCGAGGAAACUCUGGCCUCCGCUUCCUCCUCCUCCGACUCGGACACCGGCGGAGCCUCCCCGCCCCCGCGGAAGAAAGCCCGGGCCUCCCCGGCGGCGGCGGCGGAGGGAGCAGGAGAGCCCGGGGCUUCCGCAGGCAGAGCAGGCCUCACCUCGUCCCAGUCCCCCUCGCUCCCCGCCGGGCUCGCCCCCGCCGCCGCCCCGCUCCGAGGCAGCGGCAGCAGCACGAGCAGCGGCGGCAGCGGCGCCAUGCAGGCCAACGGGGCAGGAGGGGGCCAGCAGCAGCAGCAGCAGCAGCCGCCGCAGGGCCCGGAGCUGGGCUGUCUGGGCGCCCAGAACGGCGAGGCCUCGGCGGGCACGGCCGCCGGCGAGCAGCUGGCCCACGCCAACGGGCUGCUGCCCUCGGCCAACAGCGGCGGCGGCAGCCCCGGCGGCCUCAGCGUCAACAACGGGGUGCCCGCCGCCGGGGGCCCCGGCACGGCCGCCGCGGAGCUGGGGGGCGGCGGCGGCAGCGCCCUGAAGAAGAAGAAGCGGCUCUCGCAGUCCGACGAGGACGUGAUCCGGCUGAUCGGGCAGCACCUCCACGGCCUGGGCCUCAACCAGACUGUUGAUCUUCUCAUGCAAGAGUCAGGAUGUCGUUUAGAACAUCCUUCUGCUACCAAAUUCCGCAAUCAUGUCAUGGAAGGAGAAUGGGAUAAGGCAGAGAACGACCUGAAUGAACUUAAGGCCUUAGUGCAUUCUCCGCAUGCAAUUGUGAGGAUGAAGUUUUUGCUGCUGCAGCAGAAGUACCUGGAGUACCUGGAGGAUGGCAAGGUCCUGGAGGCACUUCAAGUUCUACGCUGUGAACUGACGCCUCUGAAAUAUAAUACAGAACGCAUUCAUGUCCUCAGUGGGUAUCUGAUGUGUAGCCAUGCAGAAGACCUGCGUGCAAAAGCAGAGUGGGAAGGGAAAGGAACAGCUUCCAGAUCUAAACUUUUGGACAAACUCCAGACAUACCUACCCCCAUCAGUGAUGCUUCCUCCAAGGCGUUUACAGAACCUGCUGCGUCAGGCUGUGGAACUACAACGGGACCGGUGCCUAUAUCAUAAUACCAAACUAGAUAGUAAUCUAGAUUCUGUCUCGCUGCUUAUAGAUCACGUUUGUAGUAGGGGUCUGAGAUCAGUAUGUGAUACGCUGUACAUGCUGCAAUGCUUGGGCAUAAUGAGGAAACAGUUCCCUUGCUAUACACAGCAGAUACUAACGGAGCACUGUAAUGAAGUGUGGUUCUGUAAAUUUUCCAAUGAUGGCACUAAACUAGCAACAGGAUCCAAGGAUACAACUGUUAUUAUAUGGCAGGUUGAUCCAGAUACUCACCAGCUAAAACUACUUAAGACAUUAGAAGGUCAUGCAUAUGGAGUCUCUUAUAUUGCUUGGAGUCCAGAUGACAACUAUCUUGUUGCCUGUGGCCCAGAUGAUUGUUCUGAGCUUUGGCUCUGGAAUGUACAAACUGGGGAGCUGAGGACAAAGAUGAGCCAAUCUCACGAAGACAGUUUAACAAGUGUGGCCUGGAAUCCUGAUGGGAAACGUUUUGUAACAGGAGGUCAGCGUGGACAGUUCUAUCAGUGUGACUUAGAUGGUAAUCUCCUUGACUCCUGGGAAGGGGUCAGAGUACAAUGCCUUUGGUGCUUGAGUGAUGGAAAAACUGUUUUAGCGUCGGACACACACCAGCGAAUUCGGGGUUAUAACUUUGAGGAUCUUACAGACAGGAACAUAGUACAAGAGGAUCACCCUAUAAUGUCGUUUACUAUUUCAAAAAAUGGCCGCUUAGCUUUGUUAAAUGUAGCAACUCAGGGAGUUCACUUAUGGGACUUACAAGACAGAGUUUUAGUGAGGAAAUAUCAAGGAGUUACACAAGGAUUUUACACAAUUCACUCAUGUUUUGGGGGUCAUAAUGAAGACUUCAUUGCAAGUGGCAGCGAAGAUCACAAAGUAUAUAUUUGGCACAAGCGUAGCGAGCUGCCAAUUGCGGAGCUGACAGGGCACACACGUACUGUUAACUGUGUGAGCUGGAACCCGCAGAUUCCAUCCAUGAUGGCCAGCGCCUCUGAUGAUGGCACUGUUAGAAUAUGGGGACCAGCACCUUUUGUAGACAACCAGGAUAUUGAAGAGGAAUGCAGUAGCAUGGAUAGUUGAUGGCGAAUUUGGAGCAGACGACUUCAGUUUAACUUAAUUAGUCGUAUUUUAAAUGGCUUGGGAUUUGGUGCAAACAAACAUGAUUGAUAGCUGGACAGACAUGCUCGUCAUGAAAAAGAACCAUUUCUGAAGCCCGGUUGGGGCCAAACAUUUACCACCUUGCUUCAUAGUAACCAGUCAAGAUGAAGCACGUCGUUAGAACGUUGUUGGACACCGUGUUGAAAUUACCCCCCAUCGGUUGUGAAGAACUGUGCUACAUUCAGGCUAACCAUUGAACUCAGUAUAUAUUUUUCCCUCCUGCCUUUUUGUCUGGCAGGCUACUGUUCUUGUUGCUCUUCUGUGUAAUGAAGUUUAAAUGCUUGUUUGGAACACUUUAUUUAAGAGUUUAGAAGGCUUGAUAGAAAGAGUGCUUUAGUCUGAAGAGUAUACAUUGGAUAGGAAAGUAUUUCCUUCUCUUGUUUCUCAAAUCUCUCCGCCUUACUUAGCUUGAGAUCUUUGCAGCUUGGUUCAUGGAUUCUAGCCUUGCCCGUUGCGCAGUAUAUAUAAAUUGAGAUAAACCAAUGAACUAUGUCAAAAGCACUCUCAGUAUCACAUUUGACAAAAAGUUUUGUACUUUUCACAUAGCUCGUUGCCCUGCAAAGGGGUUAACAGCACAAUUUUUUAAAAAUAAAUUAUUUAUAGGAUUAAAAUGACUUCAUUUGUAUACAUUUGGAAUUAAACCAAUGCAAGAAGAAAUGUGGAAUGUGGUAUCACUGAUGCUCUUCCAGAGUGUCUUGACACCCAAUCAAAAGCAGUGGCUGCAAGGAGCUUUACAUAGGCAGCGAAGCUUGUUUCAGAAGGAGAAACUCACUAUCCAUAUGAAAAGAUAAAUUGUAUUAUUUAGGGAAACAAAGAAGUGUUCAGAGUACACCAGGAGAUUAAGAGCUUAAACAAGACAAGGUCUUUUUUUUAGUUUAUAAAUAUAUGCAACGAUACUGAUAAAAGGUAAACCUCAACAGAAGAAUGUGCUGAAUCCUUUAUUUGCAAAGUCAACAUUUUGUGGAAGUAAUUAACAUUCAAAUCAUAGAUAACUUGUUUUGCAAUGGAAAACUUUCUUUAUUAUUUGGUAAACAAAGAUGUUUAGACUUUGAGAAUAUAAUUCUAAGUUUGCAGGCUUAAAAGUCUCUCCUGGACCUUGUUGCAAGCUGGUGCUGUGAACACGUUAACGCUUUUUGGAACAGUUCCACUAAUAUGCCAUGUUUAGCAAAAAGAGACAUUUAUAAUUGAAGCUUUUUUUUUUUUUUUUAAAUAAACAGAUGGCCUGGCAUCUCUGUGCUUCUGCACUACACACAAAUUCCUUGUGGGAUGGCACUGGAUUUCCUUUCCCACCUUGGGUAGAAAGGUAGUGUUGUUAGUGCUCUGAAGUAAUGAGGGAGCAGGAGAGGGCAUGCCACCAAGGACAAUGUGAAUGGAAGUGUGAACUUAGAAGAUCCACAAUAAUCUAGUGACAUUAGUCAUGUAUGGAAGAAGGGUGAGGGAAGGUUUGCCUGAGUUCCUGGGAAGAGCAUGUAGCCACUUUGAUGAAUGGGAAUGUGGUGCUUAACAUAAAUAGUCCUUUUUUUUUUUUCUUCCCAAGAAAAAUGAAGUGCAGUUCAGCAGGUCAGAUUUUUCUUUUUAAGAUUCCAGUAAUUGGGUGGGUUGGCUUGUUCGUUGUUUUUUUCCUUGCCCUGUGUGUAAUCUGCCAGAUGACUUAAGAUUCUGAUCAUCUCAUUGAAACCAGCUCUGAAUCUGACAUACUCACGUUCAGUACCUCCAAAAUGAAGUAGGAACUUAACAUUCUUAUCUUUAGUUCAUUUGUCUUAAGGUGAAUUGCUGGGAUAGUAAUCACCAUUCCCAUAAAUUCUGGGAAGUAUGUAUGUAAACUGAAGACUACAUAUCAGUUCCUCUCCCAUUCUCUCAUUUUAGAGGAGCUGUUUCUGUUGCUAGUUGGACAGCAUAAGAUUAGUCAGUCUUUCUCCUGUGGCACUGGUAUUGCAGGGAAACAGAAAAUUUUCCUAAGGUCAGUUUUUAGUAAACCUAACUUCUAGUUUAAAAACAAACAAACAAACAAAAAAACCACACCAAAAACAGUGUUUUAUAUCUGCAAAACAUGAUAUAAUUCAGAAGCAAUGGUAGCAUGUGAAUCUUUAGAGGUUACCCCUGUUUUGUCAUACUCUGAAGCUCUGAUUUUUAAAUGAAGUGUUACUUAAGGAGAGUAAAGGGGAGGGAGAGCAGUUCUGGUUUGCAUGUCUCAUACAACAGUCUGGCACUACUUGCUUACCUCAUACUCAUUGGACUUCAGUGGGAGCUCAGGCAGGUGUUGAAGGAUCAAAGUCUUGAGUUUAGACUGAAAGUCUCACAUGCAUUUCAAAAGGCAUUUUUCAUGUGGUUAGCAGUACCUAAACCAAAGUGAGACUCCUUACCUGGUACAAGCUAUGUGUGGGUACGUAUGAGCUGAUUUCUACUUUCUGCUGCAAUGCAUUGUAAAUAAAAAUUGGAACCUAGUGCUUCUUCCAAAAUCUGACCUCUUCUGGAAUAGGUAUGUACCUCUAAAGAACACUUCAGGUAUUUAGAAGCAAGUUAGUUAGAAACGUGUUCUGAUAUCUCUGCUUUAAUUCAGUUUUGUGGUGCAACUAUGCAACUAUGCUCCUUUAUCGUAUAGAUGGCAUUCUUUUCAAUGUCAAUCCCACUGUAUUGCAUAGAUGUCUGCUUAUGCCAUGUGGUGUGCAGAGAUGAGGGAAAGGAUAGAGUAAUCUUUGUUUUAUCACAGUACUUGGUCCCAUAGUGAAGUUAUGCUACAGAUCCAGUGGUAGUGAGAACCAAUCUAACGUGGCUGUUACCAGUGUAACCCAGGCUGUUUCUAACAUGUCACGUAUUCACAAUGUGUCAACUGAAAAGUACCAAUACUUUUUGUGCACAGAUGAUAAAAUGAGACUAUGGGUGGUGGGAGGGGGGGGGAACAAGCUUGCUCAUUUGCAACACAUUGAUUUCCAUGUGCUUAAAAAUGUUUGUAGGCUGGAAUCAGGCUGGAACAACCACACACCUGCGAUAAACACUGUGUUUCUGGUGAAAAGUUUUAGAGAGGAAAAUACUGUAAGAGUGUACUACUCUUUCCUAAUUUUCUUUGGUAAGCUCUUAGCUUAAAACUUUUGCAGUAGCUGCGGGUAAUUGUCAAGGCAGAUCUUUUAAAAAAAGAAAGCUGAAGCAUUUUGUUAUCUGAAUGCUCAUUAGCUGUUCAGGUAAGUAAUUUUCAAGGCACAAUGGAGCACAAAAGGGAAAACAAGCAGUGAUGCUAGAUUUGUCCUUGUUUGGGUGGGUGGGGUAGUAUGGGGACAUGACACCUUCGUUUCAAAUUCUCCGUAUUUUCUCAAGUUCUCCAACUUUAAAGCUGACUUCAUUUUUAUGAUUAGAGCAAAGGUGCAAGCUAGAAAGCUCUCCUGAUCUUGCCAGUUACUUCUCAUCUUGGCUUCAAACAGGUAAUGUUGAAUAAAACUUAUGCUUGGGAGUAUGUGUCUAGUUGUAUCUCCUUACACUGAUAAGCAGCGCUCCCAUCCAGAACCAGUUAUGAAGGCUUCCUUAGAAGGAAACAAGGACUUGUACAAGUAGCUGUAGUUUGAAGGGGAAAUGUAGACCCACAUGGGGAGGUAGAGAAAGAGGAAUGAAGAUAAAAAGCUGGAUUUACUGACAAACUACUGUAACUCAAGGGGGAGGAGGAGAAAUGCACUUUCAAUAGUUUGUCCAUAUUUUUUUAGCUACAAAACACACCUGUAUUUACUAAACGGUUUUCUUUUUGUUGUUUUCUUUGGGACAAUUGAGGAACAUCCUUCCCAUAAAUAGCUACCCUUUUUACCUCCUCCUGUCUUUUCCACGUUGGCUGAAGACCAUUUUCAGCUGCCAUACUUAAUUUCAAAAACUGCUACUUUUAAAGAUAUUUUGAAAGAACUCCUUAACUCUGACACUUUUUUAAACAGGGUGGAUUUAAUUGAAGUGUGCAGUGUUGAACUGCUGCUGCGGUAGCUGCCUCUAGUUGUUGAAAUGAACUGUAGACAAGUUUUUUUGUUUGUCGAUCCAGGUUAUCUGGGUUCAACAAGAAGUCCGUGAGAGUGUUCCUCCCAUCUGGUAUGAAUGUGUGUGUGCGUGUGUUCCACAAACAGACAUAGAACCAAAUGUUCUAGGUACUUGUCAUGUUUUAUUGCAUACUUUGAGUCGUGCGUAUGUGAAGUGUCCUCCGACCUGAAGGUUUUGGUUAAUAUCAGUAUAUUUUUAUAAAUUGGAAAUUCAUCGUGCCCCAUCUUUUUCUUAAACAUCUUUCAUUGUUAGGGUCUAUGUGCUAGAUUUGAAUCUUAACAUUUUUAGGCACAGAUGGAAAAAGUUAUUGGCUCCUUGAAAACAUAUGGGACAAAAUGGAUCCUCAAAGCAUGUAUGUACUUACAAACCAAGCUGUAGAGAUCAAGAAAAGAACUUUAUUGUUGAUCUCAAGAUUUCUAAGUUGUCAAGAUUUAUAUGGAGUUGUGGUGGAACUAGUUAACACUUAGAGCUUUUGGUAUGUAAUGACUAUUUGCUAUGGACUGAUAUUAAAUGUUUCAAAGGAUUGCGUUCUUAAACUUUCUGGAUUUUUGUUACUCUCCUCGGAUUAUAUUAAGUAGUUAAAAUUUCUUUGCUAUAUUACAUUAAAAACAUAAGAACUUUGGGUCUCGUAUUUAUUUUCACUCAUUUUACUAAUUAUUUACAGAACACCGUUUUAACUUUUUUAUUUUAUAAAUGUGUAGUAUUUUAAACAUAUCUUUACAAAUUGUUCAAUUGGAACUACAUUAACUUCUGAUUUGUUUUUAUUAGGAUUUUUAAAAAAAAACAAUACACUUUUUCCAUGUUGGUGCACAGCACUUAACAGAAAUGUUUGUAUUCCCUUUCUUUCAAUUCAAUAAACAGAAUAAAUAACUGGAACGAAUAGUUCUUAGUUUCCUAAAUUUCACUUAUGUGAUUAUCACUGGGAUGUUCAUUUCUUGAUCAUUAAUUGUAAAGUUCUUCCACGUUUGUAGCAUUUUAUUUCUUGACAGGAGAAAUCACUUGUGACAGCUCAGCUGAAGAAGAAUUCUCUUACUGCUGUGCAGCUCUCCAGUUUUUGAUAUUUGGCUCUGAUCUCCCCCUGCUUUUCAACUGUACAUUGAAGCAGUUCAACAUACUGCUCACCUGCAUCCCAUUCUGUGCUUAUUUAUGUUACUGAACACCUGCUCUUUGAGGCUGGAUGAGAGCCUUCUUAAUGCUGGAGCUCACUCAGGUAUCGUAAGCAGGUUGCUGACCAUAACCCAUCUAUACCUACAGUUCUUUCCCACAUUAAGAAGGUGCUCUUAAAAGUACUUCUGUUUCUUGCUUAGGCUUCUCUUACCAGCUGCACAUCAGGGACAUCUUAUCUGAAGUUGACUUGAGCAGCUUUUGUGGCUCUUUAACCCACUCCUUACCUGUUGCUUUUUUUUCCUUCCACCUACCUCUGCAUUCUUGUUUCUCCUCCUACUUUGCAGGAUAAAGUUGAGGUGCAAUUGUAUUUUGUAUGCACUGGUACCACAGACAGAGUUGUUCAGCUGUAGCUAGCGUUCUGAUAAGUAAAAACUGUACCUAAAUUUGCCUUCUACUUCCUGUAAGUUUUCCAACUUUGAACACUUUGGCAAAUUGCAUUCAGUUUUUUUAAUCUGGCAAAUUGCAUUCAGUUUUUUUAAUCCUUUCAGCUUCUAUUUGGAUUAGAAAAAAGGUCUUUAUGCCAUCUCAUAGUAGUACUUUUUAAUUAAUAUUUACUCCCUUGCUUAGAUGUUAAGCUGUGUAUAUAUAACCAUGCCUUAAAUGCAGCUGCAAACAGAAUGGGCAUGUCUUAUCCCUUUCCAGGCACUUGUUUUUGCUGCUUGCCUGGGGUACGAGUGUUUAUACAAGAGUUGCUAGAUUGCAGACCCAAUUCAGCCAUAAAUUAUCCCUAGGGCAGAUGAAGGAAAUUUAGUUUCUUUAACCGUUCCCCCUACUACCCACACACACACACACUGUUGCACCUACAUCUGCCUACAUCUGCCUCUGGCUGGUGAGAAGAGUAAAAGAGAAACAGGUACGUGAUUUCCAAAAACUGUGACAUAAGUAAGAUGUAAAAUGAAUUGUGAUUUUUUUUUUAACUUGUUAGAUUUGAUUAUGUAAGAGAAUUCAUGUAAAGAACUUACUAUUAAGUGGCCACUUCAUAAUUAGCUUAAAUCCAAACUCCAAGAUAGGGUACUUCUGUGCUUCACACUUUAGCACCUAUGCUUCCCAUGUUUCUUGAUGCAGUCCUCUGCUACCUUGCCAUGUGUUGCACAUGCUUAAGCUCUCUGCUCCUUACAGAAAGAUGGCAGUCUCAGUUCCUGCUUCAUCUUAAAAGAAAAACCCUGUAUAUAUAAUACAUAUAUAGAAUGUUCCAAAGAUUAACCACCAAAAAUAGUACACAUCUAGUUGUUCUGCCACCACCUCUAAUAUCAUUACUAUAAUAUUGUCAUAGGCAAAAAAAAAAAAGUCUUAGCAUUUGUAAAAAAUGCUCUGGUGUUUCUUGUGAUGCAAAGAAGAAUUAGAAUAAAGCUGUACCAAUACUAAAUUUUAAAAAAGGUAGAUAUAUGCUUUUAUAGGGUAAUCAGAGUUUCAGGUCAAUUGUUAACCCCCAUAUGGGGGUUAUUAGAAUGGUUACUAGGGCUUCCACACAUCCUCUUACUUCCAUUGGUUACUCUACUGUUACCAUAAUACAGAACUGCUUUAGAAUAAAACAUUCAUGAACAGAACAAACAAAAUAAUCAAUGAAUUAGCAGGAAAUGUAUUAUCUUACUUUUAAUUAAUCCCUUUCACUUAAAUGAACUAUAUUUUCACUAAACAGUUGAGUACUAACAUAGUAUCAAAGCUAACUAAUUAUAUUAUAGACUGUGGGUAAGGAAAAGAGCUUAACAGCCUUCUUCAAAUGCUAAAGUGCUUAAAACUGUGGUUUUUAGACUCUGCUACUGAGGCUUUCACAACUCUUAUAAGUCAUUAUAGAGGAAUGAUCAGAAGAUUUAUUAGAAAAAAGUUUGCAUUCAUAAAAAGUGUAUCAUUUCAUAUUUGACAACAUCCAUAACUGUUCUUGUUGGUCUGUUGUGGUUAGUAAUUCAUUUUUGAGGAGGGAGGUGGUGAAGAAUGCACUGUUACAUUCCUCACGAAUUGAGGCACAUCCUACCCCCAUUUUCUUUAAUAGAUAUUAAUCUUUUCCCUUACCCUUCCUUUCCUGCUCCCCCCUCGGAAGAAACACUUCACUAGAUAGAGGAGAACAGAAGCUUUUCAAGGCGAGUGGUGUCCAGUUUACAUGAUACAUUGCAGCUUAUGUUGACCUUCUAAUAGAUUAAAACCAAUGUAAGCGUAGAUCUGCUUUUAUUUUUCCACGGGAAUAUAAGAGGCUGUAAGUUAAAUACCUUGAAUUGUCCUUGCGUAUAAGUAAGCUAACUUAAAUAGUAGGCAAUUAAGUUACUAAAAAAAUGACUGACUUUCUCUUUUGAAGUGCUAUUUCUCUCCUUUUUACAGACCAACAUCCUCUCUCAGGUUCAGUUUUACACGGCAAUAUUUUCUGGAGUUUGGUUUUGCAUGGUGUCAAGCAGAACUGACAUGCAGCUGUGGUAGCUAUUUCCCUAGUUGUUUUCUAAUGAGCAUGCAUAGUUCCUGAUAUUUGCAACAGUUUACUUGGGUUCCAUCUAUCAUAAACUGAGGGCCAAAAUUAUCCCGACACCAAGCUGAGUGGUGCGGUCGACACGGUUGAAGGAAAGGAUGCUAUUAAAGGAACCUCGAGAGGCUGGAAAGGUGGGCCUGAGUCAACCUGAUGAGGUUCAGCAUGACAGAGUGC